GGCUAUAGAAGUCAUGUAGUAGAUAAGCGCAAAAGUCAAGAAGACACGCGAUGCGGAUUUGAGCUGAACAAAACGGAAUGCCACCUAAUUAUUCAAACUUGUGCGUAUAAGUCUUCAUAAUAGACAACUUUUGAUACAAGUUACGCCAAUCAAAGCAUCUUUCUUCGCCCAUAUUUUCGGCUUAACUUCAGGAUAAAUCAAGAAUUUUUCAAUCUCUCUUUAGAAUUGACAAGCUCUCUCUUCUACUAGGCUCAAUUUCCCAGAAAAUCAGAAUCAAAAAGCACAAAAAAGCUAUCUCUAGUCUCUUCUAUUACUAAUAGUAAAAGAACCACACUCCCGCAUAGAGCAAAGAAACUUUUCUUGAUAAUGGGGGUACCACAUCCGUUUCAGUCUCAAAGAUCUCCAACUACAAAACGUGCAGCCCAAAGCAAAGCCUCAAUUUUAAUCAUUAAUGGGUUUGUCUAUUUUUGUGGUGUAUCCUUGCUUCUUACUCUGGUUUGGUCCCUAUUGUCCAUGUUAGACCCUGACCUUAGUCUUGAAAACAUCAUAUCCAAAACAAGGUUCACAAACUCUCAGGGCCUUAACCAGUGCCAUGACCCACCUGAUACUACUUUCUAUGAUGACCCUAAUCUCAGCUACAACAUGGAGACACCCAUGAAAGACUGGGACAAGAAAAGAAAAGAGUGGCUAAGGCAUCACCCCUCGUUCAAUGCUGGUGCGCACAGGAGAAUCCUGAUGUUGACUGGAUCACAACCGUCCCCAUGUAAAAACCCGGUUGGAGAUCAUUUGCUUUUGAGGAUGUUCAAGAACAAAGUUGAUUACUGCAGACUUCAUGGCUAUGACAUCUUAUACAACAACCUUUUGCUUCAUCCUAAAUUGAAUAGCUAUUGGGCCAAGUACCCGGUCAUCAAAGCUGCCAUGAUGGCUCACCCGGAGGCCGAGUGGAUCUGGUGGAUUGACUCGGAUGCAGUGUUCACUGACAUGGAGUUCACGGUCCCAUUAGAAAAGUACAAAAACCACAACCUGAUUGUGGAUGGUUGGCCACGUGAGAUCUAUGAGAAGAAAAGCUGGACAGGUCUCAAUGCAGGGGUGUUUUUGAUCAGGAAUUGCCAAUGGUCCAUGGACUUCAUGCAUGUGUGGACCAGCAUGGGCCCACAGAGCCCUGACUUUUAUAAGUGGGGCGAGGUCCAGAAAUCAAUCUUAAAAGACAAGAUGUUUCCUGGGUCAGAUGAUCAAGCAGCAUUGAUAUAUCUUAUUCUGAAACAGCAUGAAAAAUGGGCAGACAAGAUAUACCUGGAGAAUAAGUAUGCUCUGAGUGCAUACUGGUUGGCAAUAGUGGAUAAGCUAGAGAAUUUGACCAGCAGGUACAUGAAGAUGGAGAGACGGGCGCACAGGUUGAGGCGGCAACAUGCAGAAGUGGAUAGUGAGUGCCAUGGUGCACUGACAGAGCAGUAUCUUGAAGAUGCAGGCCUAAAUAAUAGUACCUGGAGAAGGCCAUUUGUUACUCACUUCACCGGGUGCCAACCAUGCAGUGGAGAACACAAUCCUAUGUAUAAAGGAGAUGCUUGUGUGAAAGGAAUGCAGAAGGCUUUGAAUUUCGCAGAUAAUCAAGUGCUUCGUAGAUUUGGUGUCGUGCAUCCAGACCUUCUGAAUUCACUUGUGACUCCCCGGGAGCUUGAUCUCCUUGCUUGAAUGAACAAGAUGGAUAUUUGCACUUUUUAUUGUUUCGUUUUCCUAGGAUGUUUGUAAUAAUGUCGACCACAUUAUAGGGCAAGAUUGUAACAUAAUUUGUGGCCCAUGUUUUUAUAGCAGCAAGCAGUAUAAGUCACAAAAGCUGUAUUGGCAUUAGCUUAGCUAGCCAGUUGCAGCAACUACAAUUCACACCCAAUCAAUCAAGUGAGUACAUCACUGAACUGUGGUGAAAAGAUCUUCGUAUACAGUUUUUUUUUAUUUUUUUUAUUUUUUUAUUUUUAUAGGUAAAUAUUUCAUUGAUUAAUUGCGAAGGGGUGUAGUCCAUGUACACAAGAUGUAUACAAAAGGUACACCAGCGUUGAGUACUAAAAAUACAACUAUCAAGCAUCUCAAGCAUAUUGGCAAGAGAAAAGAGACCAGAAGCAUUCACCCACUUAAUAAAAGAUUUGGGGAAUGAAAGCUUUCACAUCAAGAACAGAUUUUUCACAACCCUCAAAACUUUGGGCAUUUCUCUCUCCAAAGUGCUGCUAUACAUUAUACUAUCAGCCACUGUAUGUUCAUAUUACUCAUCUAUUUUGAUGUCUAAAGCACUGCUGUACACUCAUCUUGAAUUUGACGCGAGUAUAACCUCUUUAACUUCAGAAGCUAUCCAUUUAUACAAUGUCUAGGGUCCAUUUGAAACAUUCCAAUCCUUUGCAGAUUUUUGGCUGCAGUUGAGAUGAAGUCCACUUCUAUUAGUUAACCCAGCUGUUUAUGUGCAAGAAAGGGAUCUUUGUUAUUACCUGCCCACAAAAUGUUUAUAUCAAACACUGCAACUUCUGAAAAUAAACAAAUACUUUAU